GCAUCACCCACAAACACAGAGAGAGAGAGAGAGAGAGAGAGAGAGAGAGAGAGAGAGAGAGAGAGAGAUGGGUUCCAUAAGAAUAUCAGAAAAGCCACACGCAGUGUGCGUACCAUACCCAGCCCAAGGCCACAUUAACCCAAUGCUAAAAGUGGCGAAGCUCCUACACCACAAAGGCUUCCACAUAACCUUUGUAAACACAGAGUACAACCACAGACGUUUGCUCAAGUCCAGAGGUCCCAACUCCCUCGACGGCUUACCGGGCUUCCGCUACGAAACCAUCCCCGACGGCCUCCCGCCCACCGACACCGACGUCACCCAAGACAUCCCUGCUCUCUGCCAAUCCACCACCAAGACCUGCUUACCUCACUUCCGCGAGUUACUCAACAAACUGAACGAUACGCUCUUGUCCACCGGUCCGCCGGUGACGUGUAUCGUUUCGGAUGGUUGUAUGAGUUUUACUGUGGAAGCUGCUGAGGAAUUUGGGGUCCCUGAUGUGCUUUUCUGGACGCCCAGUGCUUGUGGAUUCUUGGGUUAUACGAAGUAUAAAGAUCUUGUGGAAAAAGGCCUUGUGCCUUUAAAAGAUGCAAGCUACAUGACAAAUGGGUAUUUGGAAACAACAAUCGAUUGGAUUCAAGGAAUGGAAAACAUAAGAUUCAAAGAUCUCCCAAGCUUCAUCAGAACCACAGACCCAAAUGACAUAAUGGUCAACUUCGCAGCAGCAGAGGCAGAGAGAACGCGCAAAGCCUCUGCUAUCAUCAUCAACACCUUUGAUGCUUUCGAAAAGCCUGUCCUUGAUUCUCUCUCCUCUUCCCUCCCUCCUCCUAUCUACACCGUCGGUCCACUUCAUCUAAUGGCGAACCAAAUCUCCGAGGAGAGAUUGAAAUCUAUGCACUCAAACUUAUGGAAAGAAGAAUCCCAAUGCAUUGACUGGCUCGAUUCGAAAAAAUCCAAUUCAGUUUUGUACGUGAACUUUGGUAGCAUUACCGUUAUGACGCCCAAACAACUCGUGGAAUUUGCGUGGGGAUUAGCUAAUAGCGGGUAUGAUUUUCUUUGGAUUGUAAGGCCGGAUUUGGUCGUUGGAGAGUCGGCCAUGCUGCCGCCGGAGUUCAUAACGGAGACUGAAGGGAGGGGGAUGUUGGCAAGCUGGUGCUCUCAGGAGCAAAUUCUGAAACACACGGCGAUCGCAGGAUUUUUGACUCACAGCGGGUGGAACUCGACGAUGGAGAGCGUGUGUGGUGGUGUUCCAGUGAUCUGUUGGCCGUUUUUCGCGGAGCAACCGACGAAUUGUUGGUAUAGUUGUGGUGAGUGGGGGAUUGGGAUGGAGAUUGAUACUGAUGUGAGGAGAGAGGAAGUGGAGAGGCAAGUGAGAGAGUUGAUGGAAGGAGAGAAGGGUAAGAAGAUGAAAUCGAAGGUUAUGGAGUGGAAGGAGAAAGCAGAGGAGGCUGCUGGGCCUGGUGGGUCAUCGUACCUCAACUUGGACAAGUUGAUUACCGAGGUGCUCCUAUCAAAAUAAAUUGGUGAAGAAAAUGCAAUAGUUACUCAGUUUGUACCAGUUGCACUUCUAGCUUUUAUCACGGCUAUUAUCACAGGAAAAAGCUUUUAGUCAAAUGAAACAUUGUAUUGUCUUCUUCUUUUUACACCUACGAUUUUUUUAUCAAGAUGAACUCUGUGUGUGCCCCCAAAAAGUGGAUAUAAUUUUGCUAU